AUGGUUGAUGACUUGGAUGCACUGAAAAAGAAGGUGACAGAGCUAGAGAAAAAGAUUUUAGUUGGGUUUGUAUGGGCUCUUGGUGCAAUUGUGACAGUUACUUCUGAUUCUGUGGCAACCCCUGCUGGAUAUAAGGUGUUGAUCGAAUUGAAAGGUAAAGGGAUGCAAGUGUACAGAUGUCAAGCCAACAAUACAUAUAUGGUUGUUGAUGCCAAUGCUAGCUUAUAUGAUGUUAAUGAUUAUAGCUUUUUGAAUAAAAAAGGUCAACAUUACUAUCUUCCUAAUCUAGAUGGACAAGGAGGCAGGCCUACCUGGUCCUAUUUUGAUGCUCAACAUAACCCUGCAAGUACUGUUACAGGAAAAGUAAUUGAAAGAAAAGAGCAGCAAGGCACAAUUCCAGAUGUUCUUUUACAAGCAACCUCCCACAGUGGGCCAGUUGAUUUUGAUAAAAUCUCUUAUAUUUCAAGAACACAAGGUAUAGGUGGCAGCCCCCCAACAUCCUGCAACACAGUGGGACAGAUUAUUGCAGUAGACUAUGAAGCCUCCUAUAGGUUUUAUGUGUUGGAGAACAGUGGGAAUUGGAGCCUGCCUUCACUUCUCUCAAUCCCACAGGGGCAUGGCUUAGUUGCCAGCUAUUUUGGAGAAGGCAAGCAUACAUAUUCCUUCAAUGGCUCUGCAUGGGUUUUAUAUAACAUUUCUGCUCAACUGUCAUCCGUUCCAGGGCAGGAGGUGAUUGGCAAACAUUAUUUACUUGAGAAACCAGAUUAUAGUGGAGGACAAUACACCUGGGAAACAUCUAUGCCUCCAACCAGCCUGACUGCAAGGAUCCAAAAUCAAGUAAUUGUUGAUCCAAAUGGUGCUCCAUGGCAUUCUCUGGAGGCCACAACCCACAAGGGUGGACAGUAA